ACGGGCAGUUUGACGGUCUUGCGGAGCGAGGCGGACUUGUAGCAUUGAGGAACAAUAGCGACGAUGGAGGUCUGCGCUUCCGUCCACCCCGAAUUUCCGUCUUAACUAUCCCAGUUCUUUUUCCUUCAGUUGCUAGCCAGUCAGCGCAGAGGCACUCUUGGACGCCGAGCACAAGCAGUCGACGCUGCCAGCCAGCGCCCAGGAGAAGACCAGAGCGCUCAUGAAGAAGGAGGUUGACGGCUGCUUGAAGUACGUUUUGGAGUUGCAAGAGCAGAAGGACAUGUACGAGCAGAGCGUUCAGGACAUCUACUCCAGGUGCAGCACCAUCAAGUCGUCGAAGACGACAGAGAAGGGCCUCGAGGAUCUGAGGCAGCACAUGGAGGCCAACACCAAGGACAAGAUCCACAACAGCUCCCCCUUCUGGAGGACGAAGUUCAACGUCAAGUCCCAGGGCGGCACGGCCAUGAAACGAUAGCCUUGGCUGUGAGGCCGCCGAAUUUGGAGGUCUAUUUUUGUUAGCGUA